ACAGCUGACUUUUGAAAGCAUUCCUCCAGUUUUUGAGAUUUCCGCGCCACAAACUAUUGAGGUUUGUUUUUUGUAACAUUUGAGAACAUCCAAAAAACCAUGGACUUCGGGAAGCAACUGAAGACUCUCUUUGAGAAGAUUGAGAACAUCAAGAUUCACUACAGCAUCUGCAUAAGUAAGGGAGAUCACACGCAGGAUUGCAAGACGCUCCAGGAAACGCUGAAGAAUGUCCAAGAACAGCUCCAGGAAUGCCAACAGCACCUCAAUGAGUGGCCAGAAUUGAAGGCAAAGAUACAGCAGGAAGAGGAGAAUAUCCGACGCUACAAGCAAUUUAUGCUGAGGGCUUUGGAGCUAAUUGAGGAACUUCCAAAAGAUCAACCAGCUCAACCCACAGCUCCGGGCAUGGUAACUCCUACGUCAGUGCUACGGGAGAGGAACUUCGAAACUCCCGGAUCGUAUCAAAUUCGCCGGCUGCCAUCGAGUGUUUCUAAAACUCCCUCAUCUGUUAUGCGUUCCGGAAUGAGAGCAAAAUCUCCCUUUGUCACACGAUCCUCCAUAAAUCCACAAGAAUUUGACUUCUGUCUCGCCCCUAGGCACUUUGAUUCCAUCCCAAAAUACAUGCGGGGCCGGGAUACAAAGGAGGAUCUUCAGAAUUUCCUGGAUGGCGUCAUAGGUCCAUGCUUCUGCGAAAAGUACUCAAUGAUGUGCAGAGAUCGCAACAGCAUCCCAAUACGUGAGAGAAAUCUCUUUGAUCUCUUCUACGAGCAGGAAAAGGAUUUCCCCAAUAGGAAGUUCAUCACACAGGGUGACAUCUCACGCUACCUGGGUUCAAUGCUCGAUAAGCGUACCAGCAGUCGCAUUCAGAUGCUGAGACACAUCAAAAUCCUCCAGGAUGUCCGGAAGAAGAGCAGCAUCUACUACAUUUGGCUACCAGUCCUCAACACGGAAUGAUUUGAUGGAUUUGAUUUUCCUUCAUUUUCUAUGAAUUUUCUUUUCAAUUUUUAUAUAAAAAAAAUUGUUUAAUAAAAUUAUUUUUAUAAAAAGACGUUGAAAUUGAAUAAAAUUUUUUUUCCCU